AUGUCCAGCAGUGUGUUGGUGAAAACCCUGGAGGGUCUGAGCCUGGAUUCGGGUUAUGUGGCCGGGGAGCCGUGCCCGUCCCUCAGCCUGUCGUCCUCCGGCAGGUCGCGGCGGUCCCUGCCGCUCUCCGGCGCUCCUCCCCGGGGAGCCUGCUGGCCGCGCGCCGGCUCCCUGUACAGCCGGAACGGCAGCUGGGACACGGUCAGCACGCUGCCGGAGGACGCGGCGGACGUCCUGGCGAAGUGCCCGUGCCUGCCCGAGCUGGAGGAGUAUCCCUGGACGGAGCACGAGCUGCGGGACGUCGUGCGUAAAGUGGCCGGCUCGGACGCGUCGUUCACGGGGGACGCGCUCCGCUGCCUGAGCGCCCUGCUGCGGAGGGCUCUGGUGCGGAUCUCCCGGGAGGCGCAGCGGCUGAGCGAGCUCCACCGGCGGUGCACGCGCCUGGAGGUGCAGAGCGCGGUGCGGCUGGUGCUGAGCUGGAGCCUGGCGGAGAAGUGCGUGUCCUCCGCGGUGCGCGCGGCCUCCCUGCACUGCAUGAGCUGCGGGGACACCGCGCGGCAGCGGGGCGAGUCCGCGCGCUGCGGGCUCGCGCUGAGCGUGGGCCGCUUCUUCAGGUGGAUGGUGGAGACGCGCGUGUCGGUGCGCGUGCACGAGUACGCGGCGGUGUGCCUGACGGCGUGCGUGGAGAGCCUGGCUGAGGAGGUGACCAGACGCGCCCUGCUGGCGGCCCGGCUGACCUCGGAGGAGGAAGAGGAGGAGGAGGAAGGGAGCACCUGCGGCCCGGUGACCGCGGAGCUGCUGGAGGGAACCGUCAACAACGACGCGGAGCUGUGGGGGCUGCUGCAGGUCUACGAGCAUCUCAUAUGUGGAAAAAAUGCGCACGGUGAGCUGUCUCUGCCGGCUCACCUCAGCCCGUACACCAAGCUGAUGGAGAGCAGGGAGGACGCGUACAUCCAGCUGGAGCUCCGGACCCUGGAACAGGCUCUGCUCGCCACCUGCGUGGGCAGCAUCACCGAGCUCAGCGAUCUGGUCUCCCGUGCGAUGCACCACAUGCAGCGUCUGCGCAGCUGCAACACGUCGGUCUGCCACACCCGCUCAGCCAAUCAGCCGCCAGUGUCCUGGGCCCCGGACGCCCUCCGCACCCUCUACUACUUCCUGUCCAGUCCACAGAUGGAGUCGCUGGAGAACCCCAACCUGGAACCACCGACUAUGACGCUGAGCAGAGAGAGGCCGUUCCUGCUCCUCCCUCCUCUCAUGGAGUGGAUCCGGGUCGCCAUCGUGCACGCCGAGCAUCGCCGCAGCCUGUUGGUGGACAGCGACGACGUGAGGCAGACGGCCCGGCAGCUCCUUCCUGGACUGGACUGCGAACCCAGACAGCUGAGGCUGGAGAGCUGUUUCCACUCCUUCAAAAGUCUGGAUGCCGAAGCCGCCCUGGACAAACUGCGGCAGGAUCUGGGCUUCAGGAUGCUCUCGUGCGGCCGCGCCGACCUCGUCCAGCAGGCCGCCCGGCUGCUGGGCGCCGAGGGCGUCGACACCAUGGACGACCAGGGAAUGACUCCUCUCAUGUACGCCUCUGCAGCCGGAGAUGAAGCGCUGGUGCAGAUGCUCGUCGAGGCGGGCGCUCGCCUCGACCUGCAGGUUCCCGGCUGCUCGUCCAGACACCCGUCUGUUCACCCCGGCAGCCGGCGCUGGGCGGCGCUGACCUUCGCUGUGCUGCACGCUCACCUGUCCGUGGCUCAGCUGCUGCUGGAGGCUGGGGCUGACGUGGAGGGCGCCGCCCUGCUGGACGGCCAGGAGAGCUCAGCGGAGACGCCGCUCCAGCUCGCUGCUGCUGCAGGUCACUACGAGAUGGUCAGCCUGCUGCUCGGCCACGGAGCCGACCCUCUGCUCAGGGUGCAUCAUGGGAACACGCUGACGUCGCCGCUGCAUGAAGACAUGAACUGCUUCAGCUACGCGGCAGCACACGGACACAGAAACAUCGUGCGGAGGCUGCUGCAGCAGCCGCAGCACCGCAAGGAGGACAUCCUCUCCCUGGAGGAGAUCCUGGCCGAAGGAGUGGAGGAAGAGGAGGAGGAGGCGAAGCGACCCACGCAGCCUCCGAGUACAGUUCCCAGGCUGUGUAAGGCCAGGAUGAAAGCCCUGCAGCAGGCGGCGUACUACAGCGCCGAGCACGGGUAUCUGGACGUCACCAUGGAGCUCCGGGAGAUGGGUGUUCCCUGGAGGCUCCACAUCUGGCUGCAGUCGCUCCGCAGGGCUCAGCAGCUGAGCCGGGACGAGGUCAGCGUCUCGCUCCUCACAGAGUUCCCCUCCAUCCGGGCGGAGGACUACAGCCCCGAGCUGCUCUCCACGGGGGUCCCGCUCAUGUUCAGCAUGCUGCAGACCAGCAAGGACUACGUUGUGACGAAGCGGCUGGCCUCGGUGUUCUCUCACUGCUACGGCGGCGCUCCGGUCCCCCCCGUCCCGCCGCUGGACGUCUCGCUGUCCACGCAGCUCGAUAUUCACUUCCUGAACAACAAGGAGAUGUCUGACGUGACUUUCGUGGUGGAAGGGCGGCCGUUCUUCGCUCAUCGGGUGCUGCUGAUGUCUGCCUCCGAAAGGUUUCGUCACAUGCUGGCAGACUCGACGGACAUCAUCCACAUCAGUCACAUGACCUACUGCACCUUCCAGGCGAUGAUGAAGUCUCUGUACUGUGGAGGAACAGACGGUCUCACCGUGUCUCACUUGGACGCCAUGAAGCUGCUGCCGGUGGCCGUCUUCUUCCAGCUCCGGGGUCUGCAGAGGAGCUGCGAGGCGGCGCUGUCCAGGAGUCUGACUCUGGACAACGCUGUGAGCGUCUACCAGACCGCCAAGCAUCACGGAGCAGCGGAGCUCUGCCGCUUUUGUGAAGGAUUCUUCCUGCAGAACAUGGACCGCCUCCUGGACCGGGAGGAUUUCCACCGCCUGCUGCUGGGCGGCUUCGGUCAGGAGCUGCUCUGCCCAAACACCAGUUCCACCCCGAGGCAGGACCGCGGCCCCGAGCCCCCGGGGCUGCUGGGGGACCUGGAGGCGAUGCUGGUCUGCAGACUGUACAGCCUGAACGCUGCGUGUCGAGUGUAGGAAACACUCCAGAUACCAGACAUGUGUGUGUGUGUGUGUGUGUGUGAUUGGGAAUCGUAGCCAUACUGUAAAUCUCUUUGUAGAAGAACAGACUGCCUUGUACUG